GAGUGAUGUAACCACAGACUCCGGACACUAGGGGCGCCACAACAUCACUAGAGGCGCCGAAAUAUAAACUAGAAGGAACGAAGCGAGGUCUAAGUACUCGAAAGGCUUUUCGGAAUACUGGACAUUUAAUCAACAUUUAAGGAAUUUGUUUUGCCAAGCUGUUAAGGAUGGGCUGCUGAGGCCAGAUCUGCUAUGAACUCAGCAACCAGCAUCACCAUGUCAGCUGACGGAGAGUUCGCCAAUGAAAACAAGCUGGUGAGACCGAAGGUGGAGUUCGGCUCUCUGCUGCAACACGCCGGAGCCACCAAAGACGUUUUCACCAUGAAGGAGGUCAUGUUCUACCUGGGUCAGUACAUCAUCCAGAGGCAGCUGUACGACCAGAACCAGCAGCACAUCGUCCACUGCGCUCAGGACGCUCUGGGCCGGGUUCUGGGCGUAGACAGCUUCUCCGUGAAGGAACCAAGGGUUUUGUUUGCAAUGAUUACCAAGAACCUGGAGGCCGUGAGGAACCAAGAUUCAACGACGGAUUUGAGUGAAGCUGCCAGCAGCCAGACGGAGGGAGCUGAGAGUUCAUCUUCAUCCACAGACCAGAGGAGGAGGAAGAGGAGGAGCAACUCAGGUCCGUCCCACAGCACAGAGGGAGAGGAAGAGGAGCGGCAGUCGGAGGACGAAGAGUCGGACGACAGCAGGAAGCGGCGGCGCUCGGACAGCUUCUCGCUGACCUUCGACGGCAGCCUGUCCUGGUGCGUGAUUGGAGGGCUGGGAAGUGGGCGGGACAACCGCGGCAGCCAGUCGUCCGACUCCCACAGCGUCCGGUCCGGGAGGUCGGAGGUCACGAUCGCGGCGUCCGACUCGGACAGCGACAACUUCAGCGUGGAGUUCGAGGUGGAGUCGGUCGACUCGGACGACUACAACGAGGACGACGCGUCGCUGUCCGCCGACGACCAGGUUUAUGAAGUCACCAUCUUCGAGGCGGACGGCGACGACGACUCGUUCGACGACGACACGGAGAUCACAGAAGCUUUCUGUGGGUUUCACUCUCAGGAUUACUGGCGCUGCUCCACGUGUGACGAGCUGAACCCGCCGCUGCCCAGAAACUGCUUCCGCUGCUGGACGCUGCGUCACGAUUGGCUGCCGGAGGCGUCCGCCGACCCUAAAGCCCUCCCCACCAAGCCCACCGACCAAUCAGCUGCCAAAGAAACUCCAGGUUUGGAUGUGGAGAACGACGACGACGACGGCGUCGACGUUCCUGAUGGAAAAAGAGCGAAAACUCCUCUGAACUCCCAGAGUUGGUCCGACUGCUCCGCCCCAAACUCCCAGAAUGCCCUCUGCUCCUCCCAGCCUUCCUCCGCCUCUUCCUCCCAGGAGAAGCUCUGGACGCCCGAGUCCCAGCCGUCGUCGUCGGGCGACUCCCAGGACCCGGUGCCGGACCUGGAGCGCAGCGUGUCAGCCGAGUCCCGGCUGCCGGACUCGUGUCUGGACCCGUGUCUCAUCUGCCAGUCCCGACCCAAAAACGGCUGCAUCGUCCACGGGCGGACCGGACACCUCAUGUCCUGCUACGUCUGCGCCAGGAAGCUGAAGAGGAGGAACAAGCUGUGCCCCGUCUGCAGGAUGCCCAUCCAGUCCGUCGUCCUCACCUACCUGAGCUGAGAACGACCUCCAGCUGACCUUCACCUGUCUACCUCCACAGGAUUAAUAAUAAAUGAGAAAUGUUCAAACAUCCAGCUGCACAGGAUGCUUAAUACAUUAAUUACUUAAAUUUCCCCUCUUUUAAUCAGAAAUAAAGUGGAUGCUUAUAUUGUAAAACUA